AUGCCACCUCGGCCCCAACCCCCUCCAGACUCCGAUAUUGAGGAGUCCUACCUCAAAGGCAGCGGGCCGGGUGGCCAGAAGAUUAACAAGACGAGCUCGGCCGUGCAGCUCAAACACAUACCCACUGGCAUAGUCGUCAAGUCCCAAGCCACCCGAUCCCGAUCCCAGAAUCGCAAGAUUGCCCGCGAAAUCUUGGCCGAAAAUAUUGACAACUUGCAGAAUGGCGACCAAAGUCGUGCCGCCAUUGUUGGCGAUGUGAAGCGCAAAAAGGCCGCCAGUGCAUCCAAGAAGAGCAAGAGAAAAUACCGCCAGCUUGAAGAGGAAAAAGCAAAUAGUGAGGCGAGCGAUGAUGGAACUAGUGAAGAGGCCGUUCAAGACGAGACGAACGGCGACCCAAGCUCUGAGGAAGUAAAGACCUCCCUUACAGGUGAUCCUGGCUCCACUGUACAAAGUACAAAUACAUAG